GUUGUACGACACGAGCACAGCGGUCGAGUGUUGCACGCACGGCGGUGACGCAGGCGCGCGCGAGAGAGAAAGCUAGAGGGAACAAAGUCGGAGCGCGACAAGGCGAGAGAGACAGACACGGAACGAGAAGAUGGGAAGGGAAACACGGGAAGCACAGUGGCGGCGAACGGAAGGAUAAACGGACGCGAGAAAACGCGACAGAGCGCUAACGGACGCGUGGAGAAACGGAGGCCGCAGCGGGGAGACACGACGACGGAAGGCACGCGAGAAAGAGAGAGGCGGCGAGGAACGCGGCGAGUUUCGAGCGAUCGACCAAUCGGUCGGCGCGACUCGCGUCCACGGGCGUGAGCAAGGUGGUUCGAACUGCGCGGUGCCCCGCGUGCCGCUCGUUCGACACUUGGAUCGGUUCGAGGGAGGUCCGUCGGCUCGAUGGAGGUUAGGUUUGACGAGCCGCGGCAGUGAGACGAGCCGAGAGUGCGCGUCGUGCACCCUACGUCCCUGCGUGCGCGCGUGGGUGCACGCGUCGUGCAUCCGAGAGGAGUGCCGGCGGUCAGCCGUUACGCGUCGGAUCGUGCGUGCAUGUGGCAUCGACGGUGUGCCCGUUUGAACGGACGAAUAAUGUCAAGCAGUGUGUGCCACGCGCCCCUACCAGCACGAAUGGAAGCGUUUACCACGAGGCUCUGCCUGCGUGCGGUCGAUCAGUAUGAGCGGCUUCUGCAAACUCACUUUAACAAGGCUUCUCUGGUUGCAGCCCUCGAGCAAGGAACAGACGCGAUUGAGCAAUCAUGACUCGACCUGCAGCAACAAGGAUCAUCGUCGGCAGAAGGAUGGAUCCAGCAGCGGGAGCAGCAGCAGCAACAGCAGCACUUACAGCGCCUUUCGUCAAUGGCGACGAAGCACCUCGAUGGGCUCGUACAACAGCCGCUCCAACAGCACCGGGUCCAGAUCGUCCAAUGCGUUCACGAAAUUGCCCAAUGAUCCGGCUACCAUCCGGAAGAUGGAACAAUUCCCUCUGGUCCUGUCCGACGCAACGAUGCCGGACGAGGAUCUCUCCCUGAAAUUUCUCGCCCUGAAUGCUCUGGAUCUGACGGCGCCGGCGAGCGAUGUCCUCUUGAAGAACCGAUUGAAAUCCUGGUUCCAGUUGUCGGGUCAUCCCGACGGCUUUGCGCCUGCCGGUCCCGGUACUGUCUGGAAGAGGAGGACCGGAGGCAGCGAGAACACGGAGCGUAUCGUCUACGAAGCCUUGAGCAAGGACAAGGCGUUACGAGAUUGCAUUCCAAGAUAUUACCGGGAGGUCGACUAUAAGGGUGACACGUUCAUCGAGCUGCAGGAUCUAUUAUUCGGUUUCAACGAUCCGCACGUGAUGGACAUCAAGAUGGGCACGCGGACCUUCCUUGAAUCCGAGGUGUCCAAGACCACCGCCAGGCCGGACCUCUAUCAGAAAAUGAUAACCGUCGAUCCGGACGCACCGACCCAGCUCGAGCACGAACAGCGCGCCGUGACGAAGUUACGGUACAUGCAGUUCCGCGAGCAGCAGAGCUCGACCUGCAGCCACGGCUUUCGCAUCGAGGCGAUGAAGCUGCCGGGCGCGCCACCGAUCACCGACCUCAAGAAGGUGAAAUCGCACUCGGAGGUACUCGACACCGUGAAGCAGUUCCUCGCCAGGCGGGAGGACACUCGCCUAAAGAUCCUCGCGCGUCUCAGGAGCCUGCGAAUCAAAAUCGAGGAGUCCAAGUAUUUUGAAACUCACGAGGUAAUCGGCAGUAGUAUUUUCAUGAUUUACGACAACGAGAAGGUCGGCGUGUGGUUGAUAGAUUUCGCGAAGACGCGCGAGGUGCCAGACGGAUGCAAACUGACGCACCGGCGUCCUUGGGAGGAGGGCAACCACGAGGAGGGCUUCCUCUUCGGAUUGGAUAAUCUAAUUUCGACCAUUGAGGAAGUCCGCCUUGCUCCGUGAAUAAUUGUGCGACUUCUUUGCGCUGCGCAACAUUUACUCAUGUGUAUAUAUAUAUAUAUAACGAGUGAAAAAGUAUUCAUAAUUUCAUCGAUUCUUUUUGUAUAAUUCACCUCUAUCAGCAUCAUCGCCAGUAUCAUCAGCAUUGAAAAGAAAAGUACGUUGACAAAUUGAUUAACCAACCGUCACUGCACUCGUUUCGCUCAUGUUCGCUCACCUUCUUCCGGCGUUCUUCUCGAUGCUCGCAAUAUAUAUUUUCCGAUAUCUCCAUUGUCAUUAUUUAUGUCUGGUUACUACAUCUGUAUUUAACGUGGAAGACUGCUUUUUAUUGCAUUUCGCGCGCAUUUUUAUAAGAGACGCAUCUCAAACGAAAUCCGCAAGACACUGUUCUAUGUACAAACGCGCGGUAAACGUGUAAAUGUACAAAGAUAAUUUCUAAGAUAGCGUAAUCUAAGUAAUCUAAUGCGUAAUUUAGGUAAAACUUAUUUAUGAAAAGUGCUUACGUCGAAUAUAUAGAUAUAUAUGUAUAUGUAUACAAUAACGUUCUUACUUUUUUUAAAGAGUACUCGUUCUUGAUUGCUUCGUGUUUGAAUUUGUAGUGAUUAAUAAAUAAUCUUCAAU